CAGCCAGACCUCAGUGUACCUCGGCAGUUGGAAGGGGGAGGACGUGUUCCUGUGCCUCGCGACAUCCUUCUCUUUCUUACGAACAGCUCCCCACGUUUUCCCCAUUCCCCUGCGAGUGCAAACCUUAAUCCCCACGUAAACCAACGCUAAACCUUCCCCUGUAAACCAUCUACCAGCAAGUAAACAGGAGGAAGAGGGGAGGGUUGGAAUAAACUCAGAAAUCGUUGAAAAAUUCGAGUAUUUUGGGAAAUGACCGACUGAGUGACAUGUUGAGAGUGUGCUUCCAUUCCUCUGUGUUGCGACCCGUCCAGCGUCCUAAAAAGCACUGACAGAAUGCCGUGGAUAAGGGACGAAAACGGAUAAGAAGUGACGGGAAAGACAGAUCCUAAUCCAUCCCAUCCAUCCUUGUCCCUCUGUCUUUUUCUGUCUGCCUGUCAAAAUCUGCCCCCUCAAACCCAGCUUCGAUAGGGGCUAGAACGGAAAGAUAGAACUAUCCUAACCCACCCCAAACAUCCCUAUCCAUUCCUGUCCGUUUGUCAAUAUCCAUCCUCUCAAACCAGACAGUUACCAUACAUCCUCAUCCCAUUCCUCCCUGCCCGUCUGUCAAUUUCUGUCCUCCCAAGCCAGACAGAACUACCUAUUCCUUACCAAAAAUCCAUAUCCCAUCCAUUUCUGUCCUAAACCACCUCACCUGUCCCCCGUCCUAUAAAACAGACAGGUGAAGCCAUAUCCCUUCCUUACCUGUCCCGUCCGUUUUAACCUAUACAGACCCUCGGACACUAGACAGAAAACGGCUAACCACUCAACCUGUCUAAACUGCCUGUCUGUCAAUCCGUCAUUCGGCAGAACUGACCCCACAAAAAAAGAGAUACACGGCUUACCACUCAACCGUAUGUCUAAAACCACCUGGCUGUCUGUUUCCGUCUGUUAGUGUGAAAAAAAAACCCAGACAGGAACAGACAUACGUGAGCUACAGCGACAGACUAACAGCCUUCACCCAUCCCAAAGUCUGUGUAAACCAUAUGUCUUGUAACGUGCGAAAAAGACAGAAACAGACAUUUGUAAGCGACAGACGGUCUUAGCCAUCCACGCAACCAUCCCAAGUCUGUCUAAACCACCCGUCUGUUCCGUCUUUUCGCUGUCAAGUAAUUCAAAUACGACAAAACAGACGGAACAGAGAACAGACCUUCGUAAGACAGACUGACAGCCACACGGUCACCCCAAGCCUGUCAAACCACCCGUCUAUCCGUCCUAUCGCUGUCUGGAGCCUCUUGGCCGUCUAAAAGCGAAGAAAAAGGGAGGAAGAGGGAAUCGGAAGUUCAUAGUUGUGGUUUUAUCGAGAGGUUGAGUGGCUGAACGAACUUGCCACCGCCUUCUCCUUCUCUCUCUCUACCUGGGCCCCGUGUGAUGGCCCUAUCCCGACUCCUCAUUCCAAAUCGUGAAUUCAGAGUCCACAUGGGUUGUCUCCAGGUGAGGCGAUGGCUGUCCUUCCUGCCGGCCGCCUUCGUGGUGUAUCUCCUCCUCCACUAUCUCGUCUACCAGCCAGACCUGUCCACGCCCCCGCAGUCACCCAUGAUAGAUGAGGGUUUGCCGCGGACCAACGACACGCCGGUGGGGGUGGCGGGGGGGUCACGCAGCCUGCAGAGCGGGCCCCGCGUGCUGCCCCCCCUCACCCCCCAGGAGGUGAGCGCCGCCACGGCCCCCAGCGAGGAGCCGCCCCCAGCCGAGGCGAGCCCCGGAGGGCGGCGCCCCGACGCCGCCAACGGGACCAGCGCGCUGCCAGGAGUGACUACGAACCAGCUUGUGGCGGCGUCGGUGUCAGGAGGGGCGGUACCAGCAUCCUCCUCCACUAAGGUUGCAUCUUCACCCUCCUCGUCCUCGUCCUCUGUCGUCCCUGCCUCUAGAACAAGCAACGCAGCCCCAGUAGCCCCCAGCCAGCCCCAGCCGCAGCCCCAGGGUCCAGUUCGCCCCGUGGUGAUUCAAGGGACGGGCUCGGAAGUUCAGCCCAAGCAAGCCGUUACCAAGAAGACUUUGGUGCUCAAGAAGACGAGUGUGGUUUCGUCUUCCGUCUCCUCCCCGUCACUGGCCAUCAAUUUCCUGAAGGGGAGGCAGAAGCUUGGUGAGCGCUAUGAGUCUGGGUUCAGCGUGCCGCACGAGGAGCUGUGUCCAGACAACGGUCGAGAACUGAAGGUACUGGUGCUGAUCACGAGCGCCCCGGACCACCAGAAGCACCGGACGGCCGUGCGUCAGACCUGGGGCCACUUUGGGGUGCGGCGCGACGUGGUGCUGGCCUUCAUGGUGGGCCGCACCCUCAACGCCGACAUUCAGGCCAGCCUGGACCAGGAGAACGAUCUGUAUGGAGACAUUGUGCAGGCCAACUUCAUGGACCACUACAGCAACCUGACCCUCAAGACCAUCUCCAUGUUCGAGUGGGUCAAGACCUACUGCUCCGAGUCCCACUUCAUCCUCAAGACGGACGACGACAUGUUCAUCAACAUGCCACUGCUGCUGUCCUUUGUGGAGUCCAAGAGCAGCGAGCAGCGCGUGCUGUACGGCCGCAUGGCCAAGGGGUGGAAGCCCGUACGCAACAAGAAGAGCAAGUACUACAUCGAUGCCAGCACCUACAGCAGGACGCGCUACCCAGACUUCCUGACUGGCCCGGCGUACCUCUUCACUGGCGACGUAGUGGAGGACAUCUACCGCAAAACGCUGGACACCACCUUCUUCCCCCUAGAGGACGUGCUGGUGACGGGCAUCGUGGGCGAGAGCCUUAGGCUGCGGCGCGUCGGGGACUCGCGCUUCAGGAACGAGAAGAUCAAGCUGACAGACACCUGUGGCCUCCUCAAGACCAUCUCCAUCCACAUGGUGAAGUACGAGGAGCAGUUUGACAUCUACAAGCGGACGCUGGACGGCAAGGCCAAGUGCAAGGUGGGAUAGCCGGCCCCCGCCCGGCACAGCACCCGCCGCCGCCGCCACUGACAGCCGCCGCGCGAGGCACACGCCGGCAACGCUAUGCUCAAAACACUCCUGGCAGUCUGUGAUGCUCCAAAGUGAUUGACAUUGUCACUGACGUCGUCUAGUCCGUGUGUCUCGUGAGGGCGGGCGGGUGUGUGGUGCUGCCCGGGUGCCGCAUGGAACUGAGCGGUGCUGUGCCGGGCUGGGGGGGGUGAUGCCGAGGACAGGGGAAGCUCUGAGCCAAAGAUGUGGCACGACGGCCAUAUUUAUUGUUGUGUGUGUGUGCCAGAGAUGAAGGAAGCUCAAGGACUUGUGUUGUGACCGAGGCAACGCUUGGUGUCUGUCCGUUUGUUUGUUUACAUGUCGCUCACCAAUUGAAAAGUCAUUUUACGGAUUUUAGAAAAGUGUGAAUCAUGAGGAACUACCUUCGCACAGUUCUCGUCUUUUAAGUUAUUUAUUUUGCAUCAUUGCCGAGUUCUAGAGGACAGGACCCUCCCGCAUACUGUGAUUAUAAUGUUAUUUCUGAUUUGCUCACGUUUUCAGUAUAUACCAUUACCGCGCUGCUCCCACAGACAGAGCAAUGGGCAAUGUUCCUAGCCCGGGGCGUGACGUGUGAGCCCCUUCCCUGACCAGCAGCAGCAGCAGUAGGGCCUCAGUGUGGUGCAGAACCCUACCAAGGCUGUGGCAGGAAGACGUCUUUGUGAAAUCCUUUAUCCUCCUUAUUUUUAACAGUGCUACGUUAGUCUAGAGCAGCAUCAUAACCCCUUUUUUUCUGUGAUAAUCAUGGAAAACCUCUUCAUUCUCAUUGUCAGGUGGUCUAGGGGCUCGUGUGGGCUGGCAGGCAGACCAGCAUCAGCAGAAAGGUCUUAUUUAUACUUCUAAGACUCACCUUCUGUUUGACUCAUGAAGUGAAGGGCCAAGGCUGGAUCUUAAUAUUUUGCCUUCUCAUUAACUCAUUAGCUGUGUUGGUAAGGCUGAAUUAUUGUAUUUUCCUUCAUGUAAGACAAAAGCAUACAAGACAAACCAUAAAAAUCAUGAUCCAGCCGGCCACACGCAUUGGAAUAGCUUUUUUUACGAGGUGUUCACUGUCUGCUGGCUUGGAAAGGAUGCAAGACAGUGUUAAAAGGAAGGUGAUGUUACUACUGCUGCUGCUGCUGGUGUGCUGUCCCCUGCCGUGCCCUGUGUCUUGUGCCCCAGUGCAGAACGUGUGUGCAACUGUCCAAGGGGUGCUGCAAGAUGUCCAUAUACUCGUCCUUACUAAUGUGUAACUUCAGGGCAUCGUGGAGAGCCUUGUUGGGGGACUGGAUUUAGGGUUUUGAUACACCUUACUUAUUCAGCGGUUUGUGUUGAUGUUCCAGUAUUUUGUUACCUCACAAAACCAGAAGUGUGGAUUGGGGAGCUUCAUGAAGACUGUGGUGUUAUGGAACUGAUCCUACAAAGUGUUUUUCGUGAAUUCGUACAGAGUGUCUUGGGAGGCUUGGGUUUUAUCGAGGGUGUGAAUUAGCGUUGACAAAUUAUCACAUACUCAUUGCAUUUCAUUUUCGUAGUUUCCGACCCAUAACUUCAGCAAAACAAACAAACAUAUCGAUAAAUAAGAGUUUAAUAAAUAAGGCUUUAAUUUUCCGUCGUUAUUGGUGUUGGUAUACGAGAGUUUGAGGCUGAAAAUUGAUGAUAAAUGCAAUGUGGUGAAUGCGAUAAUCUGGCAAUGCUAGUGUGAAGGAAGUCAGAAGUCAGGAAGGAAAUUGGUCUUUUUAUAGUUAUUUUAUCUUUUAUCAGAGGAAUGGAGUUUGUAAAUUACUUCUAUUAUGAAAUUUUACUUUUGUUAUAAAUUGAGAUAUUAAAUUAUAGGAAAUCUUUGAAAAUGUGGAAAUUUGUCUUUUUAUAUAUAUCGGUUCUUUUAGUUUAACUUUUAACAGAGGGAGAGAGAGUUUGAAAAUUACGUUUAUUAUGAAAGUUUACUUCUGUUAUAAAUUGAAAUAUUAAAUUAUAGGAGAUCUUUGAA